AGCGCCGAGCGCCCAGGCUCCGCCCCGUCCGCGCCAAGGCCCGCGAAUCUCGCGAGUUGCGAUGAAGGUACAGCGCCCCUAGCCCGUAGCGCCUAGUGUAUGACUAGCACAACACAAGGAAAUAUCGAUAAGCACGUAUAAUGCUAAAGCUACCCAAGGGCCUUAAAAAGAAGAAAAAAGGAAAAAAGUCAAAGCGAAAGGAAGAGGAGCUUUUUACAGAGGAGGAACUUGAGAAAUACCGACGAGAACAUCAAAAGCAGGAGGAAGUUGGAGAGGGUUCAGUCAAGGAAAAUGAGGAAUGGUCCAAGUUCAAAGAUCUGACGACUGGAGUUGAUACCGUACUCAAGAAAACUCAAGGCGAUCUAGAUCGUAUCAAGUCCACUUCCUUCUUCCAACGCAUUCCAGCGGGAGUGAAAGAAGUCGAACCGGCACACAAGCCAGAACCGCAGCCUGCGUACGUUGAGGUUACUGAAGCAGAUUUCCCGCAGCUUGCACAGGCCGCCGCUGCCAACGCUGGUGACGCCGACGACGAGCGCAGUGAGUACGGCGUUACCGACGACGAAUCGGAAGAGGAACAGGACGAUAUCUUCGACACUUCUUACGUUGAGGCAGUCGAGCGUGGGGAAGUUAAGCUCGCUUACGUACCUGACUCCCCAACCGAAUUCCAAGACGACGAUAUAUUUGAUACAUCACACGUCGAUGCUUUGAUUAAAGGCCAAGAAGCAAAAUCUACUAAAGGGAAGAAGGCUUUAGACAUUGGAAUUGCUGUUGAAGUUCUCACCGGGAGAAUAGAUAAUGUAACUGUUACUACAACAAAAAGGUCAAAACGGGUCAUACCAGGAGAUUUGCUACUUGAGGAUACCAACAAAGAAAUUCCUACUGUUCUUACAACUGUCAUUGAGCCUGUUGAGAAGAGUAUAUUGGAUAUUGACCCUGAUAUUCCCAUUUCGUCGCCUAUAGAUCUAAGUGUCUCUCUUCAUACUUCUUUAAUUCAACAAAACAAAAAGGACAGUGACGUAGAUUUAAGCUCUUUUGAACAGGUGAAUUCUGAGCAGCCAGAAAAUACAGAAGAAGAAGAAUUUGACGAGUUUACGUUACUUGCUGCGGAAUCACUUGAAGCUAGUGCAGAAGUAAUUAAAUUAGAGGAAAGCGCUAUUAAACUUGAACCCGUACUGCAGGAGUCAUGGUCCGCUUUCGAGGCCGAUAAAAACGAAUCAGUAUUCGCGGAAUGUAUUGUUGAAGAUCAAAUUGACGUCUUAGAUCCUUAUCUUGAUCAAGACGACCCGUUUGAUACCAGCUUCGCAGACGCUGUUGUCCCAUUGACGCAAUCGGAACAAGGUCAAAGGGAAGCUGUGAUUUUGGAAGAAGACGACGACUUUGAUCCUCGUGCGGAAGAAAAUCAAAUAAUAUUGAAUAACAGACGCAAAUCGUCUGUUCGUAUCCAUUUAACUAACCCCUCGGGGCUAAGAGAAUCUAUUACUUCCGAUGACAUAAUUGAAAAAAAAACAGAGAACUCCAUUGAUCGUGAUUUACUAGGAGGGAGUACAACCGAUUUAACGCAACUGGGUGAUUCUCCCCUGGACCCAGUAGACAUAAAUAAUAGUGAAAUUGAUCCUUUCGACACAACUAUAGUUGACAAAAUCGUCGCGCCAGGUAAAGUAGAGUUAAAACUUCUUGAACAAGAACUCAUUGGAGCUUCUCCUGCUCCGAUAUAUCGGGUGCCAAGCGAUCCAGAUUUUGACCCGCGUGCCGAAGAACCGAAGGUAUCUGAGCGACGAGCAUCGCGGCCGGAGAAUCUGGUCGUAAGCAAAAGUGUUGUGUUCAACGUUGAAGAUGACGCAGCGGUUGAUCUUGAAGUAAAACCAAAGCCAUCCAAGCCUGUCACGCCAUAUUAUACUCGGGAACUUUCCAUUACCGAAGAUCUAAACGAAGAAGCAGAGGCUGCAGACAUAGUAUCGGAAUCGCUUACGCGAACGCGUUCUGAUGAGGAUUUAGCACCAAAAAUUGGUUAUCAAGUUAAACGCAGACACUCAGAGUAUCCAAACCCCGGUAAAGUUAAUUUAAAAGCAAGUGACCUUCUCCAAAGCGCGCCAGAAGAAAUUCAAACUAAAGUCUUAACACCGUCGGCUCCACCCGAAGCUGACCUGGAACAGGAAGUUGAUCCUUUCGACACUUCGUUUGCGACAGAUAAUAUAGCACCUAGUAAAACUGAAUUAAAACUUAUUGCAAAAGAAUUUUCUUGUGAAGAACCUGACGCCAUAUUAGAUUCAACUGGUAAACCAGACUUACUAGACCCCUCAGACGACAUUUUUCAAAUAAAGGCUCUUACUCCUGAGCCAUCUGACGCCGCUCGAAUACCUCAGGAAGAUAUAGACCCUUUUGACACUUCAUUCGCCAGUGACCUAAACCCGGGUCGAACAGAGUUAAAUAUGAACGAGCCUGCGGCGCCAGUUGCGGCGGACGUCUUAAAUCCUUUCAUGAUGGCAGACACGGAAACAACAUCGUUCACGGGUGAUAAUCCUUUUGCCGCUAGUAAUCCGUUUUCAGAUUUUGGUGGCGGCUUCGAACCUGUUGCGGGUGAUACAGUGCCCGUAAAUAUUUUCGGUGGACCUGACCCACCCGGAGGAGGCGCGCGCCAAUUCGACACGAUAGAAACAACCGCUGAGCCGCCAUCCGUAUCUGCCACUGACAUCUUUGGCAUGACUCCGCCAGUCAAACCUACCGCACUUGAGUUGGAUGGCGCCACGCGGCCGCCGCCUCCUGCGCAUCCAUUGCCGCCGGAGACUCAAAAUUUAAUUCUAAGUGUCACAGGCCAGAUGGAGUUUACAAGCACGCAUCUUCUCGACCGCAUUCCACCGACGCGUACGCCAAGCCCCGUGUCUGCACGUGAUAUCCAUUCGCCUAGCCUGACACCGGAACCAGAUAUCGAUUUGCCUGAAGAUACAGCGCCAGCUGCGGUCCCGGCACCGACGCCCGCAUCUGUACCAGCUCCCCAAUUGCAGACAGCGAAUGACUCAUUUGACAUAAAUCGUAACAAGCCUGUGCGUCCACCGCCAGCGCGCCCAGCUGCCCCGCCUGUCGCAGUGCGCCCUCCGCCGCGGCCUGUACCACCCCCAGUGCCCGCCCCUGUUAAAGCUUCUCAGCAAGAUGACAUCAAUUUAUUUGACGCACCGGCUCCACCGGUAAUCAAACCUACCAAGGAGGCCAUACUCAGUCUUUAUUCAGCACCAAAAAAGGAGGAAGAGAAGCAGAUCGACUUUUUGAGCGAUGACAUACCUGAAGUAGCGCCCGAAACUACAAGUACGGUGGCGCCCUUAACAACUCCUAAUAAAAUUGAUUCAAAUGUACUAUCAUUUGCAUCUCCUAUUGAAUCGAAAACCGAACCAAUCGUUGCCCCCAACCCGCCGCAGGAGGCCGUUGCACCAAUGGACUGCUCUGAGCCGACGGUUGGUGAUGUCAAUAUGUCGGCGGAAACUUCUCCCUUUGCGGUCAGUACUGAUGAAGAAUCUUUUCGAGUUACGAAACCCACUGAAGCGGAAAUCAACCCAUUCGAGUCAUAUGGAGAUACUAAAAUAUCAGAAAUACAUUCGACGACUAAUAUUUUCGCAACGGAGGACACUUUUAUGACACCUUGUAGUGAAACUGUGACUAAGAAGAAUGAAAAUUUCACUGGGACAACAACUGAUGUUGAGUUACAAGAUCAUCAGGGCAACAUAUUCAAUACGGGCGAAACGGACACAUUUUCGACAGUACCAACAGCGGGCGCGGAACCAGCAGCGGCGUGGGGCGAGGCGCACGAGCCUAUGGUGCAGGACACGUUUCCUGAAUCACAAGAUAUGUUUGAUGCUUUCUCCGCAAAGUUCGACUCUACCACUAGCAAUCACAUGAACACAGGAGCGUGGGGUGAUGAAGGAGGACCUAAGGAAGGUGCGGGAGUAUUUGGCGUUGAAGACGAUGCGGGAUUCGAGUCUGAAGCGUUCGACCCGUUUCUUAGCAUGGGAGCACCGCCGCCGCCAGCUGCCACGCCGCGUUUGCGCAGUCAGGGCUCGCACGAUUCCAAUGACGGCGAAGACUCCUUCUCGGUUUUCAUCAAGCCCAAAGAGAGUGGCGGCGAGGAGGCCACUGUGCCGGCACUGGCACCGCCCCCGCGACCACAGGCGUUGCCUGAGUCACCACGCCUUAACCCCUUCGACACGACCGGAGCGCCAGACGGGCCGCCGCGAUUCGAACCACAACAAGAUGCCCCACGGCGCACAUCGGCGGGCAGCGGUGGCGAAACGCCGCCGACGCCUCUUUUCGAUGAAGACGUCUCACAGCCGCUCGAGGACUUUCCGAGAACCAAGUACUCGGGCCCUGGCUGGGAGAUGCAUCUGCGACAGCCCAACAAGAAGAAGAUCACUGGACAGAGGUUCUGGAAGAAGAUCUUUGUGCGCGUGGUGUACCAGGGCGACAACCCGGUAGUGCAGCUGCUUAACUCUGCGACGGACAAGGAGCCGUUCCAGGAGCUGCCGUUGCAAGCGUGCUACUCCGUGUCCGAGGUGGGCGCGCAACAGUUCGACCAAUUCGGCAAGAUCUUCACUGUAAAACUACAGUAUAUCUUUUACAAAGAGAGGCCCGGGGUCAGGCCUGGACAGGUAACGAAGGCAGAGCGCAUCACGAACAAGCUUUCACAAUUCGCGGCAUAUGCCAUCCAAGGCGACUACCAGGGCGUGAAGGAGUUCGGAAGCGACCUGCGCAAGCUGGGCCUGCCAGUGGAGCACGCACCUCAGGUGUCGCAGCUGUUCAAACUUGGUUCGCUAGUUUACGAGGACGUCAAGCAAUUCUCUACUUGCAUCGAGGAGGCGCUAUUCCGCCUACCUGCGCACCGUGACCGUGCUCUCACAUACAAGAUGGAAGAGGUGCAGAUCACAGCGGUGGACGAGCUGUACGUAGAACAAGACGCUGAGGGUUGUGUACUCAAGCAGAUCGCACGCGUACGCCUCUUCUUCCUAGGCUUCCUCAGCGGCAUGCCGGACGUGGAGUUAGGCGUGAACGACCUGCGACGGCAGGGCAAGGAAGUGGUGGGGCGACACGACAUCAUCCCCGUGGUCACCGAAGAGUGGAUCCGGGUCGAAGACACUGAGUUCCAUGCGUGCGUUCAGCCCGAGGAGUUUACCGCUACAAAAAUAAUCAAAUUCAAACCGCCAGACGCGUGUUACAUAGAGCUAAUGCGAUUCCGCGUGCGUCCGCCCAAGAAUCGCGAAUUGCCGCUACAACUUAAGGCCUGCUGGUGCGUCACCGGAAACAAGGUCGAGCUGCGCGCGGACGUGCUAGUGCCGGGUUUCGCGUCUCGCAAGCUGGGGCAGGUACCUUGCGAGGACGUCGCCAUCCGUUUUCCCAUCCCCGAGAGCUGGAUCUACCUUUUCCGCGUCGAAAAACACUUCCGAUACGGCUCCGUUAAGUCCGCGCACAGGCGCACGGGGAAGAUCAAAGGCAUCGAACGGUUCUUGGGCGCAGUGGACACACUGCAGGAGUCACUGAUCGAGGUGACCUCGGGCCAGGCUAAGUACGAGCAUCAACACCGCGCUAUCGUGUGGCGCAUGCCGCGUCUGCCGAAAGAAGGACAAGGCGCGUAUACGACGCACAAUCUGGUGAGCCGUAUGGCGUUAACGUCAUAUGACCAGAUACCGGCGGAAUUGGCGCGCUACGCAUAUGUGGAGUUCACCAUGCCCGCCACGCAGGUCAGCCACAUGACGGUACGUUCCGUCUCGCUGCAGAACCAUGACAACGACCCUCCCGAGAAGUACGUGCGUUACCUUGCGCGGCACGAGUAUAUAGUGGGCAUCGAACGGACGUCAGGACAAUCGGCGCCGGCGUACGCAGUGGCUGUUCAGGCGCGCGAGACGCCCGCUCCUGCACCCGCACCAGUGGCACCGCAACCGCCCUCCUCCGACUCUGACUCCGACUAAGCGGCAUCAGACGGUACUAAUUGAAGAGAGCCUGGUGAAACAGACUUCAAGCACAUCAAAUACGUUAUGGACCACGCUAUAACACAUGUAUUCUCUACAUUACGAUGUUAAGGAUGCAAAUUGCAAUAUUGAUGAUAUUAAUAUUAAUAUACCUACGGUACUUAUAACCUUAGAAUGGAAAGUUAAGAAAUGAGACCAGUAUAUUUGGUACCGGUUAAGUUUUACAUAAUUUGAAAGAGUUUAGGUAAUUACUAUUAAUUAAAAUGUAAAGAACUAUUAUUCAUUGUUGAAAAAACUAGGUAUAUUAAACUUGAAGAGGAAGUGAUCUGGUAGUGUUAUGCGCGUUAGAUACGUAUUGUAACAUAUCCGUCAGUAGUGUCGGGCGCGCGUUGCGUGCACGGGGCCUAGAGCAAGAAAAUCAAUGAACGACACGAGUAAUAAUGUAAAUAAAUAAUGAUAAUAACAUUCGAUAAACAUUAAUGUAAAAAUUAUGGACGAGCAACCACCAAUAAAAUACGUAGGCAAAAGCAAAAUUAUUAUCAUCUUAUACUUAAGAUAAUCAUGUUAUAAAACAAAUGUGUAUGUAAAAACCUUUUAUGUAGGUACAUUGCUAAAUAUAUACUCGUCUCGUGGACAUAUUCAAAGGAACGCUAAACAAGGCGAUAUGGCUGAAUUACCUACAAUAAUAACAUAAUAUCAGAACGUUUAAUUUGAAAAAAGAAUGAAUUUCUGUUUCGAUUAAACGUCACAUGGACCAUUGGUUCAUUUGGACGUUGUUAUCAUAAGUUAACCUUUUUUUAGGGUUUCUUUAAACAUGUCUAUGGUAUAGAAUGAUCUAAAAGCGGUUACACACGCG